GAAGAAGAAGAAGAAGAACAACAACAACAACAAACAAGAAGAAGAAGAAGAACAAACAAGAAGAAGAAGGAGGAGGUCUCCUUUCUUGCCUUUGCUUUUCGAGAGCAUGGCGUACCAGUUGUACAGGAACACGACGUUGGGGAACAGCCUGCAGGAGAGCCUGGACGAGCUCAUUCAAACGCAGCAGAUCACUCCUCAGUUGGCUCUGCAGGUUCUUCUUCAGUUUGACAAAGCCAUCAACACGGCGCUUGCCAACCGCGUUCGCAACCGCGUCAACUUCAAGGGUUCGCUGAACACUUAUCGCUUUUGUGAUAACGUGUGGACGUUUGUGUUGAACGACGUGGAGUUCCGAGAGGUCACAGACCUUGUCAAGGUAGACAAGGUCAAGAUUGUGGCGUGUGAUGGAAAGAAUUCUGGCUCCAAUGCUGCCGAGUGAGCACGCCAAUUGCCAUGACACUCAGGUGUACAUAUGCGUAUAAGUUUUGUGGACGUGCAUGUGUGUGCACGCACGCGCAUACCAACCUGCAGCAUUUUAUUUGAGUCAUUUUAUUUGAUUAUUAUUAUUUUUUUUUUUU